CUAAUUUGUAUAUUUUAUAAAACAAAAUGUUUAAGACGGAGAUUCUACUCGGCGUUGUUGCCUUGUCAAUCGGCGUAGUUCACUCACUGUGCUCUUAUCGUGAUGAGAGUCCAGCUGACUCAUGGGAUAUUGUUAUCUCCAGUGAGGGCCAACUAGAGUUCUACAGUAACCAAACCAAAACAAACAGCGAAGGCACUGGCUUUAGGGACCUUUCUGCUUUGGCUUACGAUGCUGUCCACAAUGUGCUGUUCUUCGUCGACAGGGCAAACGACAACGCAACCAUAUUCAGCUUCAAUUUAGCAACAAAGAAGUUCCAGUCUUUAGUCAAGAAUAAGUGGCUCCAGAACAUCCAGGGUCUGGCCUUUGAUCCCGUGAAAAGAAUGCUUUUCUGGACUGACAUAAUAGAAAGCAGCAUAUUCUGGAUGUCAUUGAUGCCAGACUCCGAAAACGAUGGCUAUGGCAACGUUUUGAUCAAAAUGAACGAUGAGAUCCCAGUAUCGAUUGCCGUCGAUAGCUGCAGAGAAUACAUUUACUGGACGUGUAUCCUGAUAACAGAUUCAAAAUCAUCGAUAGAAAGAUCUAAAUUUGAUGGUUCAGAGAGGGAGGUCAUUGUUCACACUCAUCUUCACAUGCCACUGCAACUGGGCCUAGCCAUCGACCAAAGAACUAAGAGAUUAUAUUGGGCAGAUGAAAAAGAGGGCAUACAUUUUUCCAUAGAAAGUUCUAACCUAGAAGGAGAGGACAGGCAGAUAUUGCUAAAUGACGCUCAUCACCGACCAAAUACUUUAACAAUAUCAAAGGACUGGAUCUACUGGGUCCAUUCGGGAUACAAAACCGUCUGGAAAUUGGCAAAGGACAAAGAAAACGUUGAACCUUUGGAAGUGCUCAAGCUCACAAAAAGCAUUUUUGGAGUAGUUGCGAAUUACGGAAUCCCUGAGUGUGAGACUUUGCCCAGAACGUUGCGAAAUAAAGCAGCUAGAUUCGCCAACUCUAAGAAUGCAUGGUUGGCCCUUGUACUUUAUUUUUGUAUUUUCACUGUAUCCUCUCACUUUUAUUAGUAGGUACAGCCGGGUUGGAGGGCGCGCCGUGAUAAAAUCCUAUCGAUGAUUUUAGACUACAAACGUAUUAUUAUCGCGUAAAAUUGAUAAAAUCUCGCGAUAGAAGCUUGUCGCGGCGCGCAUCCUUGAUAGUAUUUUUGUGGAUAACUGACAGUGUUGAUUGUGUGUAUAAUUACUUUAAACUGUUUAAAUUAUAAUUUUUGUACUUACUGUUGUUUAUUGUCCUUACUUUACAGUUAAGGGCUAGUAUGUAUUUCUUUUCACUUUUUAAAGUAAGUUUCACGAGAGCUUUGUAAUUUUGUUACGUGGUUUUGGUGAAACCGUAAGAGGUGCUUUUGGUUUUUUUUCUCGUUUUAAAGACUAGUUCGGGGCCAAUUCCAAUUUCUAUUUAGUAAGAAGUCAUAUCGUCAAAUACUUUCUAAAUGACAAAAUUAUAAAGGUACCUAUUAAAUUAAACAAAAAUGUUAAUCUUUCUUCAGGUAAUAGGGUAAAUUCACCUUAAAGUAACAUCUUUCGUAAAAAUUUUAAAAAGAACUAUUUGUGCAACAUUUUUUAUUUUUUAUAUAGCAAGGGCCAUUUUUACACAGAAAAACACGUUAUCUAUACUUAAUGUUAUAAAGCUGAAGAGUUUGUUUGUUUACUUGAACGCACUAAUCUCAGGAACUACCGGUUCGAUUUGAAAAAUUUUUUCAGUGUUAGAUAGCCUAUUUAUCCUGGAAGGCUAUAGGCUACAUACCAUCACGCCAUGAGUAAUAGGUGCAGAGCAAAAAUGAAAAAUGUUGCGAAAACGGGUUUUCACGUGUACCUACGAAGUCGCGGGCACAGCUAGUUAUUAAUAUGGCCAGUAGAGAAAAUAUUAGUCAAAAAAUUUCCGUCGCUAAUUGGUCGUAGAGUUUUAAGGUAGCAGCUGUUAGGGCCAAGGAUAAGAAGUAUCAAGACCUUAAGAUAUAGGGAGACUAGGUGUAGACUCACCAUUACUCUCAUUACUGCAGUUAGCACAUCAAGCUAAAUAUGAUACAAUAAGAAAGUUGUAAAAGGAGUUUUUGUAACGGAAAUAACUAUAAUAAUACUCUGAUUCACUGGUGACUAUGUAUAGGUAAAAGAGUGCCCUUUUUUCAGAACACCGAAUGUCCCAUAUGGCUGACUUAUAAUAUUUGUUCCAUGUAGCCCCAUAAGGUCUUA